GUUGCCGAUACCUUCCCUCUUCACUUUCAACGAGGAAGCUCGAUAUAAUGGAGAAACGAUCUAAUUUAAGGAUCGACGAUGAUAGUACCCGAGAUGCACAAGUCGACAAGACUCAAGAUACUUGUUCCUCUACGUACCAAAAGCCAAAAACCUCAUCUCAAAAUCGUACAGAUGUGGAUCAAGCCAAGGUUCUUCCCGAAACCAACAGUCUCGAUGAAGUUUCUGAUGCAACCACUGGACUUCCCGUCAUGUCUGGUUACAUCCCAGACCCAUACAUCUUGUCUCAAAUCUCUAUCUGCCAUUCUAAAUUGUCUUCCGGAAUUUCAGUCACUCAAUCUGGCUUAAUUCAAGAUAGCUCGCUACCAACUAGCAUCCAACCUUUCGAAAACUUGGCAACGUUCACACUAUUUCCAAACUUUCCCUUUGAGUUACGACGAAUAAUAUGGAAAAUGACUUUUCCUGGCCCAAGAAUCAUUCUCAUAAAGUCUAUUCCGAGAAAGAGGGAUCUUCGAAAUACUUUCAGACGUCCAAGGGAGUAUAACACGUAUAAAUCCAAUUACACUAUACUUAAUACAAUGCUAGUAUGCAAAGAAGCUUUAGACGUGAUUUUAGAGGAUUUUCGAUUGGUGCGAGUAGGUUUUAUCUGUAAGGAUGUGCCGGGCCCAUGCCUGCAGAAAAAGAUUGCUUUUAACUUCAAAGUCGAUUCGAUAUACAUUCGUACGGAAGACGAUAAAGAGAGAAUGGCUGUUCUCUAUUCCAGAAGGUGGCGUCCCAUUUCAAUGUUUCGGGAUCUCUGGUCUGAUCUUCGCUUUUGGAAAAAUAUCUCGCACCUCAUACUCUCAAUUCCUGGGAUGUACAAAGGCACAUACCAUUGCAAUGACUUCUUGAAAUACAUCAGGGACAUAUUCGCGCGCAUGAACAGGUUGAACCGCCUAACUUUUGUUCUUGAGGACCAAACCAAGCAUCUCCCGUAUACAGAGAGAGAUCUUGCAUUAGAGUACCCAAUGGAUAUUGACUGCGCUCUGGAUUUAUUCACAAAGCACCCCCGAGAAGUGUCGAAAAAGAACUUGGCGAGAUUCGAGGAAUGGUACAAAGAAUUUUCUCCGGGCUGGGUGGGUUUUAAUAUGGAUUAUUUGAGAUAUCGUGCGUACCGCAAUGAUUGGACUUCUGCUCGCAGGCCACUGAUCAUCCCUGAAGAUGCCAUUGUCGAAUUUCAAAUCAUAGUUCGGAGGGAGAAAUCAGAAGAGUUGGUAAGAAGAAAGAAAGAAUUCUAUGCACUGAAGAGACAAAUUGCUGAAGAGGAAGGUAUUUCAGUGUAUGAAGUUUGCUAUCGGGGGCCUGAUGGGGACAAUUAGAUGAUUUUAUGGAUCAGUUGAACGUCUGGAGCUUUACGGUGGUUACUAGCAAGGUUGAUUAGUUUGCUCCUCUCAAUUAAAUUUCA